GUCCAAGUCUGCUGCAAAUUCUGGUCUUGUGGUUAUUUCAUCUUGUACAGCCCUGAUCCAUACCAUACACACAGGCCAACACUCGUACAUACACGUAUUGACUAUUUAUUGUCGCAAGCAUUCAAUAUGGCGAAAAGUUCCAGCAGCGACGUUCUUCUCUACUUCCUCGCCAUUUUUGUUCCUCCGGUGCCAGUAUUCAUCAAGAAAGCAUGCGGCGCCGAUCUACUCAUCAACAUUGCACUUUGCGUAUUGGGCUGGAUUCCAGGUGUAAUUCAUGCGUGGUGGGUGAUCUCAAGGACCGAGAGGCUAGUGGUACAUUGAGGUGGUGAGGAGCACAGGCAAUGAUUCGAUACAUUGCGAUUAUGUGGUUGUGGGUGCUCAAUUUGCUUACGAUAUCCAACUGGUUGCGCGCGCGAGACUUCCUGGCGUUGAGAAUAUAACUUUCUGCAUGCAGCUUAUGCGACGACACAUUCGCGAUUGCUC